CUCAGAGGGAGACAGAGAGAUCGUCAGAACAUCUGAUCGACUGUUGACAAUCCAGUUGGAUUUCCAGUGAUUUUUACAGUAGUGGAUGGUGGUAUUAUGGAUCGAAUUCACUUUCACUGGGGAUUUUUCACUUGGGGUUGAGAUUUUUCGGGAAUUUUGCAGGAUUCUUAGAUAAUUUGUGACAUGGCCGAGAAUCUUGCUGCCAAACUUUGUGCCCUCAUACAGGGGGAUGAUGUCAAAGCGGAGCAAUGGAAACUCCUGGGGCAGGAGCGAGACUGCUCACUCCUGGUGGGUUGGAUGGACGAAAGUUCGAGUGCUCAUUCAGUGAUCGGUCACUACGAUCGCACCAUCGACAGGUUAAAAAUCCUCCACCACUUCCCCACGUCCUUAAAUAUCGUCCAAGCCUCGCUAAACCAGAGCCAUACACUCCUAGGUUACAUCGUAAAAUCGCCCUCAACCUCUGAAAAUCCCGAUCACCAGGUCUAUCAGCCGCACCUGCUGGAGCUCCCCUCAAAAAAAAUUCACUGUCUACUCCCCAAGACCGCGAAACAAGUCCGAAUUCAAUUUCUGUACCGGCAAAAGCCGCAGGAGAAGAGUUCCGCGGACAAGUUCCUGGUGCUCGUUCACCACGAGACGAUAACAAUGUACACCGCGACAUUCUGUCCGGCUCCAGAGAUCGAGUCAAUUGAACCGAUCGAGUCGAUCGUUUCCUUGAAAUCUGAGACAAUAGUCGGGGCAUUCGUUUGGGCCCAGUGGGACUCAACGAGUCAAGUGCUAUAUCACAUUCACACGCGUCGGCCUCAGGCGAGUGGAAUCCUGGAGGAGGACGACCUGGAGUCGCGUCCGAGGCCCUCAGCCUCGCCGACCCUCAGUGGUCUCCAGUUUCACGACGAACUCCCUCACGAAACCGUCCUCAACAUUCCCCUGACUCUUCCCCAGCUCUCGACCUCCGGCUCCUGUGGAACCUACGAGGAUGAUGUGAUUCCCCUGCGCGUUCACGAUUGCUCCCUCGAUCUUAUCGUUAUAUCGGACACUCGGGGUCUCGUCUGCGUUUGCCAUCACUACCUCUAUCGACCUGUUCAGCCACCCCAACACCUGCUGGACGCCAUCCUCAAUGACUCAAACACCGUUCACUUCGCAUAUUCCGUCACCCUUUUGCAUCACAGCUGCGUCAUCCACUGCGUAAUCCCAGGGAUCCCGUGGUGUCAGGCAAAGCUCAUGAGACCGACUUUCUCAAUUGCUGAUGAUUACAUGAUUGUCCUGGUUCAAGGAGCAUUCACUCAUCUCCUGGAGAUCGGUGUGAGUCACGAUCCGAGUUGUCACGUACUCUGUGGACCUCUUAAGACUAUUCCUGAAGGUUCUUCCUAUCUCGUUCCCCUCCUGAAUCCUUCGACCACUCAGAACACAAGAGGCAAGAAGUUCCUAAGAGACGAGCAUACUCAUCCCAUUGCCAAUGCUUUGACCAUCGAUCUUCCGACCCUGGAUCUAGUCACCUUAGAUAUCUCCCCGGAAUUUCUCAUCGACACCUUCACCAGGGAAACCUCGGUUCAGGGUAGACUAGGAGUCAUCCACUACUUCAUGUGUCACAGACACGACUUUGAGACCGUCGCAAAUCUCGUAGCUAUCAUAUCUGAUAAGCCCAAGUCUCUUAAUGUCGUACAGUUCAUGCAGGAAGUGCUGAUUGGUGGAUCAUACUCAAUUGUCCAGAGGAAUUUACUAGCAGAUGCUGUUCCUCUGCUGUCGUUACUACCGAUAACGACUGUCAAGGAUUACACGUCGUACGAAGUGAAGAUCAACGGUCUGGGGAUCACACUGAGUCACGAGAAGCUGUGGAAUACUUCGGUGAUGCUUUUGUCACCCCAGCAGAGGAUUGUCCCUUACAGGAGUGAUCUGUGGACGAAACUCUGGGACAAUUUGGGAAAGCGAAGUGAGAGCAAGCCGAGGUUUAAUCCCAGUCAAAUCACUGAUAAGCUACUCGUUUCACUCGCUUGUUAUCAGCCAGAGGCACUUUCCAGGUGUAGCACACCUAUGUCACCCUCUGGAGGACUUGUCCUUGCGACUUCAUCGGGAACUGCAUUCGCUUCUAAUUUGGGAAAUGCAUCGGCUGCCCUGGGGGAACACCUCAUGUCUAACAGAGCUAACAAAAUGUUGGAUGCUGCACUUCCUUUCGUUGAAAUGGAGAACUGCACGGCUUCCAGGAUGGAGCACGUGGUGUCUGUCAAUCUGCGGGAGCUGUCGAUGUAUCUGUUGAAACAUGCGACUAAUACACCAGCUAGUUCGUACGUUUCUUGCACUAGUCUUCAGGUGCAUGCCAUGGCGACGAGAUAUGUCGCUGCACAGCUUGAGAGCUCAAGGAUUCUCUGUCAAAUUUUAUCAAGAGCAGCUGGAGUUGAUCCCAGGAUUGACCAGGAGAGAGGAUUUUUGUUGAUUGAUCAGAUGGAUGAGGGACGGAGGGCUCUGAUGUUCACGCUGAUGGAGAGGUAUCGGUAUGCCAUUGAGAUCAUGGCGUUUCCUGUGCCCCAGGGUUUCUCCUCGUUCUUCACGUAUCUCGGUUACAGGAGUCUGAGGUACUCCAUGUUCUUGCAGUAUGUCGAGAGGGCUGUCUUUGAACUCCAGGUCGAUGUCACCAAGAUCAUCAUUGCAGAUAUCGGAGACACUAAAGAGAAUGUCAUAAAGAAACUCCAUUUGCUCUCAUUGCUGCCGCGAUCUCGAGCGAAACGAUUGCUCAAUCAGUGGCUCCAUCCCGUAAGUUUUAUGCUGCGAGCACGAGAGCACGCGACCAACAUCCUCUCCGGGGAGAUCUGUCAAAAUCGAGGUAGAACAUCACAGCAUUGUCAUCGUCAUAAUGGUCUAGCUGCAUUUCCAUCGGCCGAUCGUCUCUCACCUCUCGAUACAUUUCUGGAUCUACUGACAGCCAAAGCUAGUCUCACAGAAUUGGAUUUCGGAUUGUUGAUCGAGGCCACUGUCACCUCCACUGAGGACUUUCUCUAAUUAAUCAGUUAUCAUUUUAGUUGUUCAUCCCAUCUUUCCGUUAUUGUCAUCCUCGAUGAGCAAUUGUGAUUAUUAAUGCAGAGAAAAAGGAAUUUUUUUCGGAGGAAAAUUUAUGUGAAUGGCAUCUCUUCAGGGUUGAGUUCUUUUUUCUCUGUCAAUCCUUUUUUACACUAGAUCGAAUUGAUAUUUGUUGAGGCAGUGCCAUGAAUGUACAAAUUAUUUAAUACACUCUUUAGGGGAUACUCAUCCGUUGAAAGUGUUUCUUUUUUUUUCGUUGCACGGUGCUGUGAACACUGGGUGCACUAUUUUCUGGUUUCAGUGGAUUAAAUUCCGUUUCGUCCUUUCCAUUUUAUCUCGAGACAUUUCAUCCCAGCCGAAGGGGAUACAAAUUUAUCGAGUUUUUCCACCAAAAAAAUCCACAGAGAUUCCAUUGAAUUGAACUAGCCGUUGAAAAAUAAAUACCACAACCAACGGAUUAUCCCCACCGCUGAAAAACCCGACAAUUCCCUACGGUAAACGCACAAAUCGUAUCUCACACUCUCCGAAGAUAAACCAUAAACUUCGAUACUGAUGAACACCACGGGAAUUAAUAAAAAAUGUUGAUGAAAGCGUCAUAAAAAAAUUGCAAUGAAAUUUAAUAACUCAAUAACUUUAGAUUUUUCUCAGGAUCGUAAAGUCUCGGAUGGAAUGUCUCACGACGAAAUCAAAGGAUGAACUGUCCUGACACCUUUUUAUCAUUAAGAGCACCUUUCAGUAUUGUUUAUCAUUAUAAGAAUAUUUUUAAGUAGCCAAUUCAUCAAUUCGUACGAGAAAGAUUAACAGAAAAAUCCGGUAUUUUCUGUAAGGAAUUCCAUUGAAUUGUGGGAAUCCCUCAGAGAAAGCGCAGGAAUUUCGCUGUUUAAUUUUUUCUACGUACAGUUCAUUCCGUUUUUAUACGCAGAUUGUUCUUCUGUUGUGGAUAUUAUAUUAAAUGCACUG